AUGGCUACGUCCCCGUUGCCCUUGGGCCAGGGCGCCUGGUCUUCGCUGCCAGCGCCUUCAAGCCUCGUUCGACAUGGUAUCCCGAAGCUCAUCCUGCACCACCCGGUGCCUGCUAAUCUUCCUCACGGCUGGGACUGUCGCGUUGCACCAGAUGGCCAUGUUUUUUAUGUGGACCAUGUCAACAAGGUAACGCAGUGGUCGCCGCCCGGCGUGACUAGCCAGGUGGCGUCGGCCACCGCGUCCACCCCCACGCUCUCCUCAUUCAAGUCACAAGACCCCACCACAAUUUCGGCAACAGCACACACAUUGCCAGAGCCUGACCCCUUUGCUCCGCUCAGCCUCGAAGCUGCCUCCCACAAGAAAAAUGGUUACCAGGCACAGAAAGCCCCCUCGCCUCAUCAUGGCAAGCUGGACACGUCUCUGCCGCAGGACCCGUUUGAUUUUGAACCGCAAUUGGCCACCGCCCACCUCCCGUCCCGCCGCUUCCUCUCCCCCACAAAUGUGAUGGACCUCGUCUCGCCCCAGACCAUGGACGCCAUUGAACGCUAUGCCGUAUCACUGCGUGCCCUCGAACCACCGUGCCAAGACGUCGAGUACGACUUUGACCCCAUCGACCUCCCGCUGUCCUCACGGGCUGCUCGCCAAGUAUCACCUACUGGGCAAACCGCCAUUCUCUACCAGUACACCAUGCCCGUCCAAGCCAAGCCUUCGAAAGCUCCAGCCACCCGUCGAUUCCUGAGCCUGAGCAUGCCGACUUCGCCCAUGCUUGAGGCCCAAUCGUGUGCAACACACCAGACUCCAUCGCCGGCUCAACACCCGCGUCAUUCCAAGUCUCUGGAUAUUGUCAAAGCGGCCAAUUGCAAGGCGCCAACUCCUACACCAUCUCGCAUCAAGCCUGAUGUGUUUGCUUUUGAUGACCUUCCUCUCGCCUCUGCCGCCGCUUCGCCGGUACCUUCAAGCUGCGAGCUCACUGCGCAGAAUGACCCUCUGGCCAAUCUUGGAACACCACCCCCUACUAGUACCAAAGUCACACGCGUCCCUCCUUCAUCCCGUCGUCAUUUAGUCUCAAGUCCACAUGAGGGCGGCUCACGGGAGCAGCACCUACUGCAGCGACGCCUGGGCUGCAAGCGACCAUCCUUAUCUGCCGAAUCUAUGUUUGAUCCUUUUGAUGCCAGUCUGAUGGAGACCAAGGCCAUUACCCCAUCCAAGUCAGCACGUAGUCACUGUGUAGGAGCGCUUUCCUUCAUGGAGGCAACCCCAAGUCGUCCCACUGGUCAGCUGCAUCCUGGUCUCCCCAACUCUCUUUCGCCCCAUACCAGAAUGCUUCGCAGUGCCAUACCUCCAUCACCCAUCGGCCUGAGCACGGCCCCGCGACGCUUGGCGUCUGCCAAACGCUCCCUGCUGGCCUGA